GCGUAGAACGAGUCCAUGCUUGCUCCGCUUCAGAGUACAUCGACAAUUGCUCUAAAUCAAUUGGAUCAAGUCUCAUUUUAAACAGCCACCUCCAGUUAGUCAGCAGGAUGUCCAGUUCGGACGUGCUAGCCCGUCCCGGCGGCGUGGACAUGUCCUCCUCUCCCAAAUCACCACUGGCUAAAACCCAACAUCCUGACAAGGACUCCAAACAGAACCCUGUCCCUGCCUCCCCUCCCCUCCAUGGCCUGAAGCUGGCUCCCCACAGGGAGCUGGAGCAGGCGCAGCAGAGGGGCAGGCUGAAGUGUUCUAGCUGCGGAGGCUCCCGGAUGUUCUUCUGCUACACCUGCUGCUCUUUAGUGGGCGUCAGCCAGCAGGAAAUCCCCUCCGUCAAGCUCCCUAUAAAGAUUGACAUCAUCAAGCAUCCCAGUGAGGUUGAUGGGAAGAGCACAGCCAUACACGCCAAGAUCCUCGCCCCUGAUGAUGUCACCAUCUACACUUACCCCUGCAUACCUGACUAUGAAGAUGACACAGACAAAGUAGUGCUGGUGUUCCCUGGUCCUGGAUCAGUCUCAGUGGAGGAGAUGACAUGGAGAUUACAGAACCUGGCUGACAUGAAGUCAGCUGCCUCCCCUGACGAGGAACCGUCCCCAAAGAGGCCCAGAGCUGAGGAGCCAGGGGCCACACAGCAGGCUGAGGGACAGACAUCAGGAGCCACACACACAGAGGGGAGGGGAGGGGCAGCAGGGAUAGAGGGCCAGACUGAGACACCAGGAGCCUGUCCCCUCCAGAGAGUGGUGUUCAUCGACAGCACAUGGAACCAGACCACCAGAAUCAUCACAGAUGAGAGACUACAGGCGUUGCUCCGCGUGGAGCUGAAGACCAGGAAGACGUGUUUCUGGCGCCAUCAGAAAGGUUCUCCAGACACCUACCUGGCAACCAUAGAGGCUGUCUACUACUUCCUCAAGGACUACCAGGAGCUGUGUCUGAGACAGGAGUACACAGGACAGUAUGACAACCUGAUGUACUUCUACUGUUACCUACACACACUGAUCAACAAGGCUAAGACAACCGCUGGGAGACACUGAGGACGCAGGGGGAGAGAGGCCAAAACUACCGCUGGGAGACGCUGAGGCUGCAGGGGGAGAGAGGCCAAAACUACCGCUGAGAGACGCUGAGGCUGCAGGGGGAGAGAGGCCAAAACUACCGCUGGGAGACGCUGAGGCUGCAGGGAGGAGAGAGAGGCCAAAACUACCGCUGAGAGACGCUGAGGCUGCAGGGAGGAGAGAGAGGCCAAAACUACCGCUGGGAGACGCAGGGAGGAGAGAGAGGCCAAAACUACUGCUGGGAGAUGCAGAGACUGCAGGGAGGAGAGAGAGGCCAAAACUACCGCUGGGAGACGCAGGGAGGAGAGAGAGGCCAAAACUACCGCUGGGAGACGCAGGGAGGAGAGAGAGGCCAAAACUACCGCUGAGAGACGCAGAGACUGCAGGGAGGAGAGAGAGGCCAAAACUACCGCUGGGAGACGCAGGGAGGAGAGAGAGGCCAAAACUACCGCUGAGAGACGCAGAGACUGCAGGGAGGAGAGAGAGGCCAAAACUACCGCUGGGAGACGCAGGGAGGAGAGAGAGGCCAAAACUACCGCAGGGAGGAGAGAGAGGCCAAAACUACCGCUGAGAGACGCAGAGACUGCAGGGAGGAGAGAGAGGCCAAAACUACCGCUGGGAGACGCAGAGACUGCAGGGAGGAGAGAGGCCAAAACUACCGCUGGGAGACAGUAGAAGCACAGCGAAGAGCUGCUGGCAAACGCACGAAAGUGCUGUUUGAAUGAAUGCUUACGAGCCUGCUGCUGCCUACCACCGC